UGAUGGCCAAAAGCCAGAAGGAAUUGCUUUGCUCUCAGUAUCUUCGUAGAAAGAGUCAAGAUUCCACGGACGGAGGCGAAAAUCGCCAAGCUCUUCUCGCUCAUCUUCUCGAAGCAUACACCUCAAGCCCCCCCACCGCCUGACAAGAGCUCACGGGGACGCGUGAAUCAGUCACGUUACGUUCAGUGUAUUCCUCAUUUGAAUCCUCCAGGCUGCGAAAGAGGACCAAAUCAUCCUAAGUGUACUAUCCCGGAAUUAUUGCGACGCAAUAUCGCGUGUGAAUUUUUAACUUGUUCCUCCAGUGACGGAAGUUUUGUUUUGUGACCACCUUGGAUUUUCACCGGAUUCUGCCCAAUUUACUGUUGGGUUUGUGCUGUGUCCAGUGUUGGGUGGGCCUCCUCGGAUUGUGGGUGACAGUGUUUCAGUAAUAUUACGUAAAUUGGCGUGAGAAUUGUGUGGUGAGUGUUGGAAAAAUGGAUAAUGGAAGCGACGAUCGCGUCUAUGCUGCUGAGAGAAUUAUUCAGAAAAGGAUCAGAAAGGGUAAAGUGGAGUAUCGAGUGAAGUGGAAAGGAUGGAGUCAAAGGCACAAUACGUGGGAGCCAGAGGAGAAUAUCCUCGAUACGCGUCUCAUUGAUAUCUAUGAGCAAUCAUCGCAGAAGGGUUCAUCGACGCCCGGAAAGCGUGGGAAGAAGAAGGAAAGGGCAUUAGAGCGUGACCUGGAGUCAGAAGAUGAAGAGACAGAUGCACAGACACUUGUUGAUGAACCAGUGGGAACAGACAAAGUGGACAAAGUCAAGGAUAAACACAAAGAAAAGUCACACAGAGAAACAGUAUCUAGCAGUACAGGAAAGGGUAUUUUGGCCGAUUUGGUGGACACAAAUUCAAGUAGUAGUGAAGAUCAGCCGCUUAGGGAGCAUUUGGCGGGUACAAAGCGCAAAGCGGAAGUUCUGUCGAAGGAAUCGGGGAAGAUUGGGGUGACCAUUAAGACGUCUUCGGACGGUCCACCAGCCAAAGUAGCUCAUGUCACAACAGAGGCACCUGCUCUCAAACCACUGACAGUGUCAGUGCCGAGUCGGACGGAACCUAGUGCUCCACUAUCUCCGGAAACUCCAGCAUCUCGGCCUGAAUCCAAUACACCAAUAAAUACAGAGGUCAAAGCACCUGAACCACAGCCACAGGCUGAGGAACCAGUGUCCAAAAAGGCACCAGCCAAGGGUGUUGUCCGGGAACCCAGUGACGAUGGAAAGAAGCCAGAAAAUAAGGCUGUGGCAAAUGCCCAGCCUAAAAAUAACAAUAACACCAUCAAGAAAGUGCAUGAGAUUCCACUCUCUCCCAAGACAGCCUCCCCCAAACUCUGGCUACCCAAAUCCCGGGUAACAGAUCAGGUUUUUAUCACAGAUGUUACGGUUAAUCUUGAAACCGUCACCAUUCGCGAGUGCAAAACGGAAAGGGGAUUCUUCCGGGAGAGAGAUCUCAAGAGUGAUGUGACAAAUUAAGACAGAGAUUGUGGAGGUGAUUUACUUACCUCAAAGUUUAAAAAAAUACUUUUUUUUUAGAGGAGUUUCUUAAUUUGAAAGAAACUCAAAGCCUCGAGUUAUUUUUUACCCCUCCUAUUUUAUUUUUUUAAAUAGAACUCUCUUUUAUCUGUUUAAUUUAAAAAAAAAGAAAGGUAUUUUUAGGAUGAUCGAAUGAUCAAAAGAAAAAUGGUAUAAAUUUUAUUUAAAAAAAAAAUUGUUAUAUUGUUGUUAGAUGAGGCUAAAACACAUUUUAACACAAAAAACUGCAGGAAGAGGAACAAAAUCAAAGGUGGAAAAGUUUAAUUUUCCAAAAAGAAAACACUUUUUUAUGUUGGUUUUAGAAUGCAGAAUUUUCACGGAGAAACUGACGAUGAAGAAAGUAGAGAGAGGAAGGGAUGAUAAAUGCCUCAAUUAUAGUGAUAUGAAUUUUAAAACUAUUUUUGUGUACUACAGUGUUGUAAAUAAAUUCAGAGAGAGAGAGAGAUUGUGACCAUUGGAGGAUCAAGUGUGGAAGGCGCGAUAAGAGAGAUAAAUAAGAAAAGCAGGAAGUGGGAAGAGAGUGAGAGAAAGUGAUGGAGCGGAAGGGAGCCAAAAAAAUUGGUGAAAAAUGGAUUUUUUUUGUGAGCAGAUAAAAAGGAAAUAAAACGAGAAGGAUUUUAUUUUGAAAAGAGUGAAAACACGUGAAAAAAAACACCCUGAAAAAAAAUCUCACAGUGACGAGAAAAUAAUUUAAAAAAAAAGAAAGAACACAAGAAAAUUAAAAUAUUUAAGAGUUUAUCAAACUAAAAAAUAUAUAUAUUGAAAUAAAGAAGUAUAUAUUUAUAGUUAUCACUAAUA